AUGUUUCCUGCUGAGGAAUCUGCUGACCAGACCUCAUCAACUAUCAGAGUGGCUGCAGAGAGGUUCAUCGACUCAAUGCGUGGACUCAAGAAUCCAGGUCCAAACCGCGAGGAGUCUGAAGGAGGGGUUCGCCUGAUCCAAAGCCUCCUCUCGUGUGCAGAGAAAGUGUCCGACAAUCAGUAUGAACGCGCGCUAAAGUUCUUGAAGGAGUGCGACUCAGAGAGUUCCUCCACCGGCACUCCUAUACAAAGACUGGCUUUCUACUUCUCAAGAGCCCUAUUUGAGAAGAUUGCUAAUGAGACUGGGAGAGUCAUAGUUAGGAGUUUCGACGGUGAAGAUCCCGUGGAAUCUGUGAUGUUUCAAAAUAUUAAUUUGUUAAUCUCAUUUCAGAAGGAGCACCCUCUAGCUCAGGUGACUAAGCUGGUGGGAGUUCAAUCCAUUUUAGAUCAUGUGGAAAUCAAUGGCAUGAUGCAUAUAAUUGACCUUGAGAUCAGGACCGGGAUCCAGUGGAUCAUCCUCAUGCAGGAUCUCGCCUCCCGGCCUGUCCAGCGCCUCAGGGUCACGGCUGUGGGGACGAGAUGUAGGCACAUCAUAGAGGAGACGGGCUCCCAGUUGGCGUGUUUCGCUCGCUCACUAAAUAUAGACUUUGCUUUCAAUGUGGUGAUGGUGGCUGCUGAUUUGUCUGACCUUAGUACAUCUUUGUUUGAUGCUUCUUCUGCUAAUGAGACUGUGGUUGUGUAUUCGGCCUACGCUCUUGCGAAUCUCGUUGGGAGGGUGGAGCAGUUGGAUCAUCUGAUGAUGGUGUUGAGGGAUUUAAAACCUUGUGUUAUGAUUCUCACUGAGCUUGAGGCCAACUGCAACUCUCCAGCCUUCGUGGAGCGUUUUGUGGAGAGUUUGUUCUUCUUUGGGGUGUUUUUCGACUCGCUGGAGUGCUGUUUCAGGCAUGACGAGACGAGCAGGGUGGAGGCAGAGUCGUGCUGGUUCGGGUCGUGCAUUAGGAAUGUCCUCGUGGCUGAUGGGGAUGAGAGGAAGUUCAGGCAUAUGGGUAUAAGUGUGUGGAGGGCGUUUUUUGCUUGGUAUGAGUUGGCGGAGGUGGAGCUGAGCGCGUCGGCCAUGAACAGGGCGUACCUCGGGCUGCAGAGGUUGGUGUGCGGGAGGUCGUGCACGUUGUAUAGGGAUGGGAAGUGCUUGAGUGUUGGUUGGAAGGGAACUCCUCUUAGCUCUGUCUCAACUUGGAGAUUUUGA